UACGGAAGCCGUGUGUGUACAUUGUUGGUAGUCGAGCAGCGCUUUUCUCCCCCCGAUGAGCCAGACACGCACACCGCCGGUGACUCGUCACUCCGCGCUGGAAGAUGGCUGCGGCGGACCGGCCCCCUGUUAGGGAAGGGAUCCGGAUUGUGUUCCUGUGUGUGGGCUGGUACACGGUCAGCUCGGGGGGCAACAUAGUCAACAAAAUCAUCCUGAAUGGAUUCCCGUACCCGGUCACGGUGUCUCUGUUCCACAUCAUCUCUAUCGUCGUCUUCCUCCCGCCGCUGCUGCGGGCAUGGGGAGUCCCCAAAACAGAACUGCCGAGCAGGUACUUCCAGUGGUACAUCCUGCCUCUAGCUUUCGGGAAAUACUUUGCAUCUGUGUCGGCGCACUUCAGCAUAUGGAAAGUACCGGUUUCGUAUGCGCACACCGUCAAAGCUACAAUGCCAAUAUGGGUUGUGCUGUUAUCAAGAAUUAUCAUGAAGGAGAAGCAAACCACAAAGGUUUAUGUGUCGCUCAUCCCCAUCAUUGGAGGAGUGCUGCUGGCCACAGCGACUGAACUGUCCUUUGAUCUUUCUGGACUAAUCAGUGCUCUGGCUGCCACGCUCUGCUUCUCCCUGCAGAACAUCUUCUCCAAGAAGGUGUUGCGCGACACGAGGAUCCACCACUUAAGGCUGCUCAACAUUCUGGGCUUUAAUGCUGUUAUCUUCAUGCUGCCCACCUGGGUCCUGGUGGAUCUCUCUGUGUUUCUUGUUAAUGGAGAUCUGUCAGAGGUCUCAGAAUGGUCAGGUACCUUCGUCCUCCUGCUCAUUAGCGGCUUCUGCAACUUCGCUCAGAACGUCAUCGCCUUCAGCGUGCUGAACAUCGUCAGCCCGCUCAGCUACGCUGUCGCCAACGCCACCAAGAGGAUCAUGGUCAUUAGUAUCUCACUGCUGAUGCUGCGCAACCCGGUCACCCUCACAAACGUCAUGGGCAUGAUGACGGCCAUUGUCGGGGUCUUCCUCUACAACAAGGCCAAGUAUGACGCUAAUAAGGAGAAGAAGCUGCUGCCGAGCGCCAAGCAGGACCUGGUGUCCUUCGACAACCCGGCGCUGGAGAAGAUCCAGCCCAACGGGUCAGUGCCUUUCUCCCACGGCUCAGAGCAGCAGCACAACUGGAACAACGUGCUGACCGACCACUUCCAGUACAGCCGGCAGGCCUACACGACAAACUACAACAGCAACCACCAGUACGUGGUGUGAAGGAGGAGUCUGUCCUCCAUCCGGGUGGCUGUCAUAGACAUUACUGUGUAGCCGCCCCCCCCUCCCCAGCAGCGGGACACAGCCCUGCUCCAAACACGAGACUGAAGGCAAGUGCUGUUUGGUCUGGAUAGGAAGAAUGAGAUGGCCAGUGACGUGACCUCUCCCACACUCCUCCGUUUCUAAACUUCACUUUCUGACAGCUUCGCUGUGUGUCAUUGUCUAUUUAUUAGUUUGGUACCGACUGUAUGUGAUGUCUGAGAAGAAACAAAGUUAAAUCACCUGUUUUCAGACAUUUUGGUGACAGAUUCAGCUGUCAUAUUAUCCGGUGAGCAAGUGGACAUGCAAAAGGUAGUUGAUGAAAGAUUUGCAUCUCAAUGUCUAGAAAGGUUUUGUUUUCACAAUCAGCCAUAGUUUGGGGUUCUGGGUUAUUUUGUUCACUUUCAGAGGAAAGGAUGUUGGCUGUAAUUAUUAAAUGGGAACGCUAACUUGCACCGAAACAACAGUCAUGUUACAACUUGUAACAAAGAAGUCUCAGUGGAAGGCCUUAACAUUUUGGUUUUAGGCAUUUCACAUUUAGGGGUGUCAUUUUUCUUCAUGAGGCACCUGUGAUGAUGUGAGGAGAAACCAUCUGUUUGAAUCCUCCUCAGUGAAUAAUACGUGUUGCACUCCUCAAACACUUGAUGCAGACGGGACUUUUUGUAGACAUGGGAGGAUUUUAGGCGACGCUCAAUUAUAUAAGAUUUUGUAGAUUUGGUCAGAUGACAUUAUAAUUAAAUAUGCAGGCGUUUUUCACCAUGCGAGCACCGUGUCCCCACGGACGGCAAUGUUAGUCAAACACCAGAUAUUCAUAGCCCCCAGAUGAUAAAUGACACUGACUUUUCAUCUGGUGCCACAAAAACAAUAAUGGUUGUGGUUUUAAGUGAAAUACUGUUUUAACUUUUGGAUGGAUUGUCUUAAACUGCAUUUCAGUUAUUCAUUUCCCCCUCAGAAUGAUUUGUAAUAAUGUUGGUGAUCCUCUGACUUUGUUCUAGCGCCUCCAACAGGUGAAAAUGUGUCCAAUACUUAUGUUUGUAACUAAAUUCCUGCAAAACUAAUGACAAUUCCCAUGAGCCUGAGCUGUACUUGGUUUACUGUUAAUGUUAGCAUACGAGCACGCUAUACUAACAUGGUGAACAUGGUAAAUGUACAUGAUAAAUAUCAGCACGUUGGCAUCGUCAUUGUGAGCAUAUUAGCAUGGCAACAGUAGCAUUUAGACUGCAACCACUCUCAAACGUCCCUUAAAAUUACAAGUGCCUGAUGAACAAAAAUGCCCCCCCCAAAAAAUAAAAAAAUAAAAAUCCCGUCAUCGCAUCUGCAAGAAACUGAUGCUUGAAAACUUGUUGCACGAGCAGAUCAGUUAACAUUCAGUCACACUUGUCAGCGAGUGUUUUUAACUGCCACUAUCGGUCUUCAUAUCUUUGAACUAAGAUAAACUUUCAGAGUGAGACCAGUUCUGUCCCCCAGAACUGUCAAUGACCUCUCAAUGAACAAACAUCUGUCCUUCUCCCCAACAUAAAACAUUAAGGUCACCAAUUGUUAUCAUGGAGCAUUUAUGUAAAAGUUACAAUUAGAUUUACCAAAACAAAGCAUCAUUUCAGUAGGUGUACUGUAAUAAUUCUCAUGUUUCAUCUUUCUUAGGGAGUCUAACCAUGUAAAAUGUAAUGUUUGCUGUCACAGUUUUGAGAUAAAGAAUCUUUUUUUUUAUUGAUUAUUGGUAUUUAUUGAUUUGCAAAGCUUCUCAGGCAGGGGGAGAUUUUCUCUCCUGUCAGGUGAUUUCUUUUCUUUUUUUCAGCCCAAACCAAAGCUGCGUCUUCUGCGUGUUUUUCUUUUUUUUUUUUUUUUUUUUUUUUUUAACAAAGGACUGGUUCCAGUUUGCACAUCAAUCAACAACAUAAUUGUGUUAUGCAGAUUGUGGCGGUCUGUCAGGUGACUUAAAAUCAUGGGGUUUUAAUUUCAAGCAUUUUUGUAACUGUGUCAGACGGUCACUGGACAGAUUCAAAAGGAGACAUGCAUGAAAUCACAGGUUUGGUUUUGCAAUUAAAGAUUCAACUAUAAUUAAAAAAGGUUGAUAAUCUCUAUUGAUUACACUGUUUGCAAAAUAGUUAACUAAUCAUUUAUUAUUGAAAAGCCUUUUCACUGCUUGAAGAUCUAUUUACUUUUAGGAAACAUCAGUCACUCUUUGUAUUGCAGGAUCGCUGAUGCACAUUGAGCAUCUCACCGCAGCUAUACAAGGUUAUUUUUUUUGUUUUGGUGAUUCAGAUGUCUCGGCAUUCGAAAUCAAUGUAGUAUUUCUGCUCAUUUAUUUAGUAAGGACGAUGCUUGUUAAUGAUUUUUUUUGUUAAAGUGCCAGUUCUAGCCUGUGAGCUUGAUUUUUCAGCUGUAGUCCCUGGUAUAUCUGCUUAAGGGGAUUAUGACGUUAAUAAUAUGCCCUGCCUCUUUUUUUUUUUUUUUUGUGCACUUUUUGUCUUCUCUGACAUUUAAAACACUGUCACAUUAUUUAGUCUAGAGGAAUACGAGCGCUGUGAGGAUGGUACGCUCGGGGCUUCCCAGAGACAAUAUAGUAUCAGUAAUUGUUCUAUUUUAAGUGCUGAAAUAUUUUGUCGCUGACAUUGUUUGUAGGAGCUUGGGAACCCGUAGCUGCUCUGGUUUUCUGCAGCAGGGAAUGAAAUCAAAGCUGUUAGUCAGUUAUAAAGAAAGAUAUAAAGUUGGCUGUUUUGGACUGGCUGACCAGAAAACACCUGUAUGUUGUCAUUUAGUGAAUUUCAACAGCCCUGGAAUAAUUAUUGCCUUAAUCAAAUGUCUAUUUUAUUGUAACACUGCUGCUGUAGUUGGUGUGUUGCACACUUUGAGGCUGUACUUUGUGGUGUUCGACUUUGAUAAAAUAGAAACACAAAAAACGAAAUAUUAGAAACUCCCACCACAAAUGGCGGCCUCAUGAAUGACAAAGUAGUCGAAUCAAGACUCUGUCAGCAUGGAUUAAAAUAAUUCGUUUCAUAGAAGCAGCAUUUAUUUACGGGGAUGUUUUUGUUUUUAGUUAAACUGUUAAUCAUAAUAUUGAUGACUCUAUGAUUGUUUGGUUUUACACCUGCACAUAUCUACUAUAGUUUAAUGUCAAUGCUCUCAUCAACUCCCUUCAAGUUUCUGUUUUAAGCACCUUCCCGAAACAGCAGAUCGAUUUACUGAGUGGCUGCAGAACAAAGUGGGCCGUUAAACAGCUAAAGAAUUAGAUUAUUAAAAGGACAAGGUGAAGUCCAAAACGGAGCUUAAAGAAAAGUGGAUUACAUUCAUCAAGCAAUCAGAAACAUUUAGAUGUUUAUUUCACUGUAAUAUCCUGCUUUUUACUCCUGUUAUGUGAAGAAUCAGAUGUCUGAAAAUACAACUUUAUGAGUACUUGUCCUGAUAUAUUACUAAACAAUAAGCAAUCAUGAACAUUUACGGACCAUUUUUCAAACAGCUUUGUCUUCAACAGGUGGAUCUUUGAUAACUUAGAAAGCUGAUUGUUGCCAAACUAUUUUCGUAAAUGUCAACGAGGGAGAUCUGCUCACUUUUAAUCAUCAUAAAUGCUUUUAGAAACAAUCUAAAUUAGCUUAUCAAUGACAUAUUUCAGUACAAAUAGCCUUUUAUGGCUAAAAUAAAAUGGAGACUGCAAAUCAGAUUGAAUAAAUAAAGUUAAUGACUUAUCAUUCAACCCUGUGUGUUUUAUAUAAACGUUUUACGUGAAGAUCAGAGGGAAACACUUAAAAUCUAACUCAACAGAUGAGAAACGUGAUUACAUUUUAAACAGCAGUGUGACAUCGACGGACAGCAUCGAAACCAAACUAAUCAUAAAUAUACAACACAAUCAUUUCAUUCAAGAAUGUAAUAUUCACAUGCAACCUGCAGAGAUGAAAACCGUAAAAAUCACGUUUGAACCUUUUGUAGUUGAUCUCACUGUCUGCUGCUGCAGAGAAUGUUUUUAGACUCUUUUAGAUUUCUUCAUGUGUUUUCUUCCUCAUGUUGCCAAAAGCAGUGUGAAAAAAAAGUAUAACCUUUUUGGUGCUAAUGCACCACAGGAUGGAGGACUUGUUUGCUUGUGGGCAAGAUAUUAAAAUCCAUAAACUACAACAUGUCCUAGAUGUUGUAGUUUCAUUCUGAUUUAGACAAACAUGGCUGUUUGUUUCUGUACAAUGAGCUAACUGGGAGAAAACUGUUCAUUUGGAUUGUUGCUCUCUCCUGUAAAAACUUUAACUGGGAUGUAAAUGUUAAUGAAUGGAGAAAGGGGAGCUUACUUUGUAAAACUUCUGCAAUUGAUCUCGAGGCCAACUUUUUACUUAACUGAUGUUCAUAGAUUUUUAUUUAUGGUGUCAAGGUACAAAAAUGUUGUACAGAAGUGCAGCUAUGCACAGUCUUGUCUGCUUAUGUUAGUAAAUGGUAUUUUUAAAUGUUGGGGGAGGGAGGGAAUAAAUGCA